CUGCUCCGCGACAGCAGGGGGCGCUGUCCGCAGCGCGCGCGCCCGGGAUGGAAGGUCUGCCCCGGCCCGGGUGGUUCGGCUUCGGGUUCCGCGGCUUCGGCCAGGCCCUGGGCUCGGAGCGAGGCCUGCGGGGCAGCUUACAGGGGCCCGAGCCGCUGGUGGUGGGAGGCCUCGGAGCGGGAGACCCGGAGAAAGAUGCCGCCGCCCAGGUUACCCAAGUGCGGCCCAGCUGGAGCUUCACGGGCUUCCUAACUCGAGACGGGCGCCUGGUGCUGUCCGGCUCUGUGAAUGGCCAGCUCCCGGGUUGCAGGGACCUGUUGGCCUCGGAGCAGCACCUGCUUGUGCUGCGCACGGAGACAGAAGGAAGCCCAGCAGAGAUGCAGGCCUGGGCUGCAGCCCCUGAGCUACGAGGCACACCCCUGUGGACGCGACAGAUCCUGCAGCGGGGAGACCCCCCGAAUCCUGCUCUGCUACCCCUCGCUCCUGAGCCUGGGUGGUACGUGCGCCCCAUGCAGCCUUUCUCCCAGCCCCUGUGUCCUGAUCUGAAGGCCCGCCAGCUGGUGUUGGGGGCAGAGCAUGCCCUGCUGCUGGGUGGAAUGGGGCAGGUGUAUACGUGGGGCACAGGCAGACUCGGACAGCUGGGCCACGGGGCCCUGGAGGCAGAGCUGGUGCCCCGACCAGUGGAGGCACUUCUGGGGCUAGCCAUGGCCCAAGUUGCAGCUGGCGGAUGGCAUUCCCUCUGCGUGAGUGAGGCCGGUGAUCUCUAUAUCUGGGGCUGGAAUGAAUCUGGGCAACUUGCAUUGCCUUCCAGAACCAUAGCAGAAAGAGAGAAGACAGUGGCUGGUGCUUCUGGGCUCUCCUCGUGCAGUCCUGAAGCAAAGAAACCAGCCACAGAUGGGGAUGGAGACCUUGCUCAGUUCAUAGCAAUACAGCCUUUCCCAGCCUUACUAGAUCUUCCCAGUGGCUCAGAGGUCAUCAAGGCCAGCUGUGGAUCCCGACAUACGGCUGUGGUGACUCGAGAUGGUGAACUCUACACUUGGGGCUGGGGUAAAUAUGGCCAACUUGGUCACAAGAAUACUGCCAGUUUGGAUCAGCCCCAACGGGUAGAUUAUUUCACAGAUAAUCUGCUCCAUGUGGAAGCUGUGAUCUGUGGGCCAUGGAAUACUUAUGUGUAUGCUGUGAAAGGGAAGGACUGACUUCCUGGAUAAUUGGACAAAACCCCAUUGAGUUUGAAGAAUCUGAGGCAAUUUUGUGUACUUUUAUAGGUACAGAAAACAAAAUUAAGGAAAAAAGGAUGGAAAACUCUUGCCCCUGUUUACCAUCUGUAUUGCUAUUGGCAAUUAUCAAGAAACCAAAAGAUUAGUGUGGGGCAUCCCUACUUCCUCUAGCCCAACCCUGAAAUUUGCUUGAUUAAAAGAAAAAAAAUCUUGUAAACUUUCAGUAAGAUAAUUCAGGUCUCAUAUUUGGUAGUUUUGAAAUGCUAAUGACAGAUUUGUAAUUUUAUACGAAAACUAAACUCUGGGGGAUCAUGUAAUUGAAUAUCAGAAUAACAAAAAACUUUGCCAACAAUAAAAAAGUUUCUGAAUACAACCAUUAAAAAUCUAAAAAAUGCUAAAUAUAUUCAAGGUGUUUUUGGCAACACUUCAGCCAAAAAUAUUCAUAACCCAAGUUUCUGGUGAUGUACCUUUUCUCCACUUGAACCAGGUUUCAAAGUUCUAGAUUAGGAAUUGAACUUUACUUAGGAACAGAUAUAUUUGGAGUGAAGGGAAGGCAGCACACACUUUAGAAAGACAAAAACCUUGACACUUCCUACUUUGUAGAGAUGUUUGACAUUUUAUUGAAAUGUUUUACUUUCAUGUUAUAAUUCCUCCACCUUAGACCAUGUUUUAAAUGCAUGAAAUAUGGUAUUGUGAUCAACCUUUUUUUUUCCUUUAGAUACCAGGUAAGCCAGUAGGGUCCCCCCCAAAAAAGAGACUCUUUCUUGCUGAAUUAUAGAACUGUAUAGUAGAAUAUAGCACUGCAGCCUCUGCCUUCCAACUUGUUAGUUCAGAGUUAGUUUCCACUGUCUCUUUACUCCUCUCUGUCUUCUCAUCUUUAAAAUGAGGUCUCAGGUUCCAUGUGAGGGAGGGAUCGCUGCUUCAGUGCAUGUGGGAAAACAUUCCCACUCUCUGAAGUCUACAUAUUAAUACAUUGAUAGUUUCUUGUAGUGUAAACGGCUCAACAUUUUCCUGAUUCCAAUUUAUA